AUGUUAUCACGAACCGAACUGGGUUCAUAUUGGAUCAAAGAGGAGUUGUGGAAAGUCUACAGCACAGCAGAAAUGGACAAGACCAAUCUCAACAAGCUCUUGAAUUCAGGCAUUCUACCACAUCCCAUGUCACUGGUAUCCACGAUCAGCGAGGAUGGGGUGGAGAACCUGGCACUGCCACCCUUCAGCCUCAAAGACACGACCGCGAACCUGAAGAACGGCCAAGGAUUCUCUGCAUUCGUCGAGAAUGCAAAUGCGACUGCCGCUCUCAGCGGUCUGACAAAGGAGAAAUGCGUGCAAAUAAGAGCCUCGCGCGUCAAGGAAAGCGCUUUUAGCAUGGAAUGCGAGGUAAAUUCAUUUCACACCGAGCCCGCUUCUCUACAAAUCGAUAUCACCCACCCAGUCACAGGCGAGCACAGAAGCACGCUCAUCCUCGCGCACGUCAAGUACUUCCAUGUGCGCAAAGACAUGCUCACAGGCAGGGGUGCCGUCGACCUCACAAAGUUCAAGCCAGUCGCGCGUGUGGGCGAUAUUUCAUAUGCCCGGGUCGGAGAUACAUACAGGGUCCCUGUGCCUUCAUGGGCGCAGGAGGAGGCGAAGAUACAGGAAGCAUCGAUGACUCUCGCAUCACCAUAA